GCCCCUAACGUCACAAAUCCUGGCUCCAUACAACUCCCAUAAUUCAUACCCCAUAAAAGAUAAGAGUACAAAAAAAAAAAAAAAAACAAGAAAGAAACAGGAAGUUACUGUUUCUCAAGAAGAAUCACAUUGAGGACACAAUUACAGCAUUAAAAGUUAUAUUGUGUCCACACUGGCACAUUAAAUAUAUUAUUUUGAGAUUCAUGGUUUCUUCUUUGAACAAGUUGAACAAAGAAAUCAUAUCAUGGCUUCUUGGAAUUCAGUUCCACUCCAUGUCUCCUAUGAAGUUCUGGGUUGGGUUGCUUUUGCUUGCUGGUCUAUCAGUUUCUACCCACAAGUCAUUUUGAACUUUCGCAGGAAAAGUGUGGUGGGGCUGAACUUUGAUUUUGUGAUGCUGAAUUUGACGAAGCACUCCUCCUAUCUCAUAUACAAUGCUUCUCUGUACUUCAGUUCUGCUGUUCAGAAGCAGUACAGAGACAAAUACGGUCAGAAUGAGAUGAUACCCGUGGCAGCAAAUGAUGUUGCUUUCUCAGCCCAUGCUGUUCUGUUGACAGCAAUUUCCUUGUUCCAGAUUGCAAUCUAUGAUCGGGGAAGUCAGAAAAUCUCUAAAAUCGCUUAUGGAAUCCUCCUUGUUACGUGGACCACUGCAGCAACGUGUUUCUUUGUAGCAUUGCACAAUCAUCACUGGCUCUGGCUAAUCUCAAUAUUCUCUGGCAUCCAAGUUUGUAUGACGAUUAUAAAAUAUAUUCCUCAGGCAGUGAUGAACUUUAUGAGAAAAAGUACAGAAGGCUGGAGCAUUGUUAACAUUCUACUGGACUUUUCUGGCUCGAUAGCUAACUAUGCACAAAUGUCUGUGCAAUCAAUCGAUCAAAAUUCAUGGGUGAACUUCUAUGGAAACAUAGGAAAACUAUUGCUAUCCCUGGUGUCUCUAUUCUUUGACAUCCUCUUCAUGUGCCAACAUUAUCUGUUAUACCCUGAAAAGAAACGCAAAUUAGAGGGAUCCCCUGAACCUGAUAAUGCUAAGUCUUCAGAUCGACCAUUGUCCGAGAAUGUCUAAGAUGUAACUUAUUUCAUAAUCUCUCUAGUAAUGAACUCACUCUUAGUUGAUCCUUUUCCAUGGCACAGAUCAUAUGCAUAUGCUAGAGGCUUUUAACUUUUAAGCCCUAUGUUUAUUUGUAAGCUUCAUGGAAAAUUUCAAUACUCGUAAAUGCUGUUAGUGUAUAAACAUAGAAAUACCAAAUUAAAAGUUAUUAUUGUCCUUAUCAUUUUCUUCUUUAA